AGGGUUCUGGUUAAACUCACGAGUUUGUUUAAACUGCGAGUAGAGCGCAUGUGGCUCUCUAGCGCUCAGUAAUGUGUUGUGUUCAGUGCGGGAACUACAUGCGAGUCGCUCUUGAAAGAGCACAGCUGUCAUUAGCGUGCUGUAGUAAACUCAAAAAGCUCAUAUCUACCUAUUGAACUCAUCUGUUCGCCAGCAUGGCUCGUGGACACCAGAAAAUUCAGUCUCAGCAAAAAAAUGCCAAGAAGCAGGCAGAAAUCAAGAAAUCCAAAGGCCAUGACCAGAAGACGGCAGCAAAAGCGGCACUGGUGUUCACAUGUGCCGUCUGCAGGUCACAAAUGCCAGAUCCUAAAACCUUCAAGCAACAUUUUGAGAGCAAACACCCCAAGAACCCCCUUCCUCCAGAGCUGGAGGGCGUGGAGGCAUAAAUGACCCUGAGACCUGAGGUUGACUGUAUAAAACUUCAUAAUAAGUGUCCUGGUCUCAAGUUUUAUCCAUCAGGAUAUGAUCAGCACCCUUAACUGAGUUUCAUACAUACAACCUCCCCUUCACUGCAGACAUGAAUCCUGUGGAUCAAAGACUGGUGACGUUUCGCUUCCCUCUCAUGACACUGUUUCAGAGCGCUUGCCUUGGCUAAGAUCAGAUCAGUGUAUUACCUCAACCUGCACUCAUACACGCUUUUUGUCAUCAUCUUACUGGUGUCAUUUAAAGGAUUGAGAUCAAUUUAUAGAACACUACCAGUAAUUAAGGCAAUUUCUUAAAUUGAUCAAGGAUAACAAAUGUGGUGGACAUUGACAUAUAUUUGUCAUGCUUUUUGCUUGUUAGAUGAGUGAUAUAGACAAGUGUACAGUAAAUUGAUAUGGGGCAGUUUCUGCUACUUCACGUUAAGUCAGGGCAAAAACGUUCAUUUUGAUUUAACUUUAAGUUUCUCAUUUACUAACUUUGCUUUCCACUGAAAAUCUUUUAGUUCUUAAUUCAGUAUGUUAUAUAAAUUGGAAUCUACUGUUUCUCUGAAAUCACUGGAUGUCCCCGAGGUAACUGUUUUUAAUUUAAUGUUGCUGCAGAAAUGACAAAGAGAAGACAAUAUAACCUCAAUGUUUGAUAUUCCUUCUCAGUCCACCUGGUUUCCACACCAAUGUAAUAUAUCUCUUUAAUAAAAUUUUACUUUGUUUAAAA